AACUCAUUUCAUUCUCUCUCUCUCUCUCUCUGACCCUUGGAGACUCCCCAACGAAGCUAACCCUCCGAAGCCCAUCUCCGAUUUUCACUCUCCUCUGUCCCAACUGUAAAAUUUUUGUCUAGAAUGGACUUAGAAGAAGAGUACGAUCCAAGCUACAACGAUGAAGACGAAGAUGAGAUCACUCAAGAAGACGCUUGGGCUGUAAUUAGUGCUUACUUCGAAGAGAAGGGUCUGGUUCGUCAACAGCUCGAUUCCUUCGAUGAGUUCAUUCAGAACACUAUGCAAGAAAUUGUUGACGAGUCCGCAGAUAUCGAGAUUCGACCCGAGUCACAGCACAACCCUGGUCACCAGGCCGAUUUCGCUGAGACCAUCUAUAAGAUCAGCUUUGGUCAGAUUUACUUGAGUAAGCCAAUGAUGACCGAGUCGGAUGGAGAAACUGCAACUUUGUUUCCGAAAGCUGCGAGAUUGAGGAAUCUAACAUAUUCAGCUCCCUUGUAUGUGGAUGUGACAAAGAGAGUUAUAAAGAAAGGACAUGAUGGUGAAGAAGUUACUGAAACUCAGGAUUUCACUAAAGUCUUCAUUGGGAAGGUUCCUAUAAUGCUCCGGUCAAGUUACUGCACGUUGUAUCAGAAUUCAGAGAAGGAUUUGACGGAGCUUGGAGAGUGCCCUUAUGAUCAAGGUGGGUACUUCAUCAUCAAUGGAAGUGAAAAGGUUCUAAUUGCUCAAGAGAAGAUGAGCACCAAUCAUGUCUACGUUUUUAAGAAGAGGCAGCCAAACAAGUAUGCCUAUGUGGGAGAAGUUCGGUCAAUGGCAGAGUCCCAAAACAGGCCGCCCAGUUCCAUGUUUGUGCGAAUGCUCUCGCGAACUAGUGCCAAAGGGGGCUCCUCUGGCCAGUAUAUUCGUGCAACCCUUCCAUACAUCCGAACAGAGAUUCCUAUUAUUAUUGUAUUUCGGGCGUUAGGAUUUGUUGCUGAUAAAGAUAUAUUAGAACAUAUAUGUUAUGAUUUCUCAGAUACUCAGAUGAUGGAGUUGCUGCGACCUUCCUUGGAAGAAGCAUUUGUUAUACAAAAUCAGCAGGUUGCAUUAGAUUACAUUGGGAAACGAGGGGCCACUGUUGGUGUCACAAAGGAAAAGAGGAUUAAGUAUGCAAAAGAGAUCCUUCAAAAGGAAAUGCUUCCGCAUGUUGGGGUUGGAGAAUAUUGCGAGACAAAGAAAGCUUACUAUUUUGGAUACAUCAUUCACCGGCUUUUGCUAUGCGCACUUGGCCGAAGGGCAGAGGAUGAUAGGGAUCAUUAUGGCAAUAAGAGACUGGAUCUUGCUGGUCCUUUGCUUGGUGGCCUGUUUCGAAUGCUAUUCAGAAAGCUAACAAGAGAUGUCCGAGGUUAUGUACAAAAGUGUGUUGAUAAUGGGAAGGAUGUUAAUCUUCAAUUUGCAAUUAAAGCAAAAACGAUUACCAGCGGCCUUAAAUACUCACUCGCUACUGGGAACUGGGGUCAGGCAAAUGCAGCUGGUACCAGAGCUGGAGUUUCACAGGUGUUAAAUCGCUUGACAUAUGCCUCCACUUUGUCGCACUUGCGAAGAUUAAAUUCUCCCAUAGGACGUGAAGGGAAAUUGGCAAAACCACGACAGUUGCACAAUUCCCAGUGGGGAAUGAUGUGUCCUGCAGAAACACCUGAAGGACAAGCUUGUGGACUGGUAAAGAAUCUUGCAUUGAUGGUGUAUAUUACGGUUGGAUCAGCAGCAUAUCCUAUUUUGGAGUUUUUGGAAGAGUGGGGUACUGAAAAUUUUGAGGAAAUAUCACCUGCGGUUAUUCCCCAAGCUACGAAAAUCUUUGUCAAUGGUUGCUGGGUUGGUAUUCAUCGUGAUCCUGAUAUGUUGGUGAAGACACUAAGACGACUGAGGAGACGGGUUGAUGUCAAUACUGAAGUUGGGGUUGUUAGAGAUAUCCGCUUGAAAGAACUGCGGAUAUAUACUGAUUAUGGCCGUUGCAGUCGUCCCUUGUUCAUUGUGGAGAAACAAAGGCUUCUUAUAAAAAAGAAGGAUAUUCAAUCAUUGCAACAGAGGGAAACCCCAGAAGAUGGUGGCUGGCAUGAUCUUGUAGCUAAGGGAUACAUUGAAUACAUUGAUACAGAAGAAGAGGAGACUACUAUGAUUUCCAUGACCAUAAAUGAUCUCAUAACGGCAAGGCUCAAUCCAGAGGAGGCCUAUUCUGAAACAUAUACCCAUUGUGAAAUUCACCCAUCUUUGAUUUUAGGUGUUUGUGCUUCAAUUAUACCAUUUCCCGACCAUAACCAAUCCCCACGUAAUACAUAUCAGUCAGCAAUGGGUAAGCAGGCUAUGGGUAUUUAUGUCACCAACUACCAAUUUCGAAUGGAUACUUUGGCAUAUGUGCUUUACUAUCCUCAGAAGCCUCUUGUUACUACUCGAGCCAUGGAGCAUCUGCACUUCAGGCAGCUUCCUGCUGGCAUUAAUGCCAUUGUUGCCAUUGCCUGCUAUUCUGGAUAUAACCAAGAAGAUUCUGUCAUUAUGAACCAGUCAUCAAUAGAUCGUGGUUUCUUUCGAUCGCUUUUCUUUCGUUCUUAUAGGGAUGAGGAGAAGAAGAUGGGAACACUAGUCAAGGAGGAUUUUGGCCGUCCAGAUAGAGCCAAUACCAUGGGGAUGCGGCAUGGUUCUUAUGAUAAAUUGGAUGACGAUGGUCUUGCACCGCCUGGAACAAGAGUUUCAGGGGAAGAUGUAAUCAUUGGAAAAACUACUCCCAUUGCACAAGAGGAUGCUCAGGGUCCAGCUGCUCGUUACACAAAGCGUGAUCAUAGCACAAGCUUGCGCCACAGUGAAACCGGGAUGGUAGAUCAGGUUUUACUAACGACAAACGCAGACGGGUUGAGAUUUGUGAAAGUGAGGGUGAGAUCAGUUAGGAUACCUCAGAUUGGGGACAAGUUUAGCAGUCGGCACGGGCAGAAGGGAACGGUUGGCAUGACCUACACACAAGAAGACAUGCCAUGGACAAUGGAAGGGAUCACCCCAGAUAUUAUUGUGAACCCCCAUGCUAUUCCCUCUCGAAUGACAAUUGGGCAGCUUAUUGAGUGUAUCAUGGGUAAGGUUGCAGCUCACAUGGGGAAGGAAGGUGAUGCUACUCCUUUUACGGAUGUUACAGUCGAUAAUAUCAGCAAAGCUCUCCAUAAAUGUGGGUAUCAAAUGCGUGGCUUUGAGACCAUGUACAAUGGUCACACAGGGCGGCGAUUACCGGCUAUGAUAUUCCUUGGUCCCACAUACUAUCAAAGACUGAAACAUAUGGUUGAUGACAAGAUCCAUUCCCGAGGACGAGGUCCUGUACAAAUCCUUACGAGACAGCCUGCCGAGGGACGGUCACGUGACGGCGGUCUCCGAUUCGGUGAGAUGGAAAGGGAUUGCAUGAUUGCACAUGGUGCUGCUCACUUUCUCAAGGAAAGAUUGUUUGAUCAAAGUGAUGCCUAUAGAAUUCACGUAUGCGAGCGUUGUGGGUUGAUCGCCAUUGCAAACCUCAAGAAGAAUUCUUUUGAGUGCAGAGGUUGCAAGAACAAAACUGACAUUGUUCAGGUUCACAUUCCUUAUGCUUGUAAACUGCUCUUCCAGGAGCUAAUGUCUAUGGCUAUAGCUCCAAGAAUGCUCACAAAGGAUAUUAAACCAGCCAAAGACCAAAAGAAGAAAGGAGCCUGAUCUUACUUGAUUUCAGGAAGCUAAGCUGCCGCUGAAGAUCAAAAGAGAGGAAAAUCCGUUAAUACUUUGGUGUUUGAGUAACUUAUUGCUAUGACCUAUCACUGUACUCGAGUUUGUUUUAUAAACUAUUAGUGAUACCUGACAGAAAGUCCUAGCUCAGUGUUACCAAGCUUGAUGGAUCGAUGGCUAGCUUGAAUUCCCGGCUGAUUGUUAUAUGGAACUUUUCAUGACGCCUAUUUAUGGCACGUAGCAACGAGCGUACAACUUCAUUUAGCUGCAA